GGAACGAAUGGACAUUGAUUUUCAAAGCUGUAGCAAGAGCUGGAGGGAAUGUUUUAGAUCUUUGGAACUCUUCCCAGCCACUGAACGAAAACAAUGCAGAAGCACGAAAACUCAAUUCCACAUUGCAUCAGCACUACAAGUCGUCAUCUCUUGGGGCCUGGGAGACCCUUGGUGUAACACGGGCAAAGGUGGCGCUGUAUGAUACUAAUGGGGUAGAAGUCGUCCAACUCGUCUUUAAUGCGUCCGGCACGAAUAAAUUUUCAUGGUUUGCCAGAGAUCGUCUUCUCUCCUCUACUUAUGUCGAUAUUCUCUCAGCCGAUACUAAUGUGUAUGGUUACCAUUUCGGACUUGUCGGAUGUCACAGUAUUGAGAUCUACACUAUCCAUCCCUGGGUGCAUCAGUGGUGUAACAACAUGUCAAAUGCGGAUCAACUGAAAGCUGUGAAAUUCCCAGACAUCAACCCAUCAGAGAUGCCGUCAAAGUCUGAGUUUUCUAUGGCUGCUGGAGAUUUCCUAGAAGUUUAUACAGAAGCAGAUACAUGGGACUGUAUAGCAACAGUGUUUUUUAUAGACACAGCUCACAAUGUGAUUGCCUAUUUGGAAACAAUAUGGAAAAUACUGAAACCAGGAGGUUACUGGAUAAAUAUGGGUCCUUUGCUGUAUCACUUUGCCGACAUGCCUAAUGAACUGUCAAUAGAGCUCAGCUAUGAAGAUGUCAAAAAGGUUAUACUGCAGUUGGGCUUCCUAAUCCUGGAGGAGAAGACGAAUAUCAAGUCCGGGUAUACAGAGAACCCCAAGUCUAUGUUGAAGUAUGUCUACGACUGUGUGUAUUUUGUGGCACAGAAACCAUUAACUGGUAGCUGACAAAACUGAGUUAUAGAAUAUCUUACAGUUCUCUGACAAUUCCUCGUAGACUACCCAGAAGACAACUUUGAUCAGUAACCCUGCUGAAAGGUCCUUUGACUUCUUAGCAUUUUUGUGACAGUGGAUGUCUUUUUUUAUCUUUGGUGUAAUAUGUCAGCUGAAGAACUUGAAUUUUAUAAAAAGCCAAUAAAAGAUAUCUAACAAGAA